UAGUGAAUUGAUACCAAAAUUCAGUAGCACGCAUAGCGAAGCGCGAAGUGCGAGCGCAUUCAACACAAAUUGAGCAAGAAAAGUGUAACAUUAAUUGUCUAGCAUAAACGAGUCCAAACAAUGUCUCUAGUUCCAAUUCUGUUCCGUGACUGGUGGGAUGACCGCUGGGAUGUUCCUCUGAGAACAUCCAGAAUUCUGGAUCAGCACUUCGGAAGUGGGAUCACUGCGGAUGAUCUACUAAGUGCGUUCACAACAGCGGCAGCAGACCUAAAUCGUCUUAGAUCCGGAUACAACAGACCGUGGCGCAGUUCUAGUGUUGCUUCUCGCAAUGAUGCUGGGUCAAAAGUUAACGUGGCCAGUGACAAAUUUCAAAUAAACCUCGAUGUCCAACAAUUCUCCCCCGAGGAAAUCAAUGUCACGGCCAAUGAAAAGUGCAUUAUGGUAGAAGGAAAACACGAGGAAAAGCAGGACGAACAUGGUUACAUUUCACGACAUUUCGUUCGACGCUACAUGUUACCAGCGGGACAUGACACCAACGAUAUUGUUUCAUCGCUAUCAUCGGAUGGAAUUCUCACGAUAACCGCUCCGAGGAAGGCUUUGCCAGCGGUAGAGACGAGAACGAUUCCGGUUGUUAAGACUGGGGAACCAAUGGAGGAAAUUGACGAAAAAUCUGUAUCGAAUGAAUCAGAAAACCCUUCCGAGAAGACUAAAUAAGCUUGAAAUCAGAAGUUUUGUUACUUUUUAUUUACUACAUGUUUAAUAAAUUAUUCUAAUUCAG